CAAAAAGGAGCUCUAAUGAAUUUUUGAAAACGCUCCCAAAAAUUGAUUAGGAUUUUGGAUGCGAAUCUUUUCUCAAGAGCCAAUGUGCGUCUUAAGACCUGGUUCGACAGCCAAAUCGAUCGGCACCCAAUCAUUUGUUCGUCUGCGGUUGGUUUGAGUGGUUGUCUCGGUUGUUGUGGCUAUCUAUUGAAUUGAACUAUCUAUCAGAUCAACCAUGGAGACUCCUUCGACCUAUGCUGCUGGUGGACUGGACGACGACGACGACGAGACAGCCCGUGCAUUUGCUGCCAUUUCUCAGCAGUUGGAUCAAUGGACAUCUCCUCGCUUAAAGCAGCAACAACAGCAACCGCAACAGCCACAUAUCGAAUCUUGGUCGGAUGAACACGACGAUGACGACGAUGACGAUGAGGAGGAACCUGCUCCUCCCGCGUCGUAUAGCUAUGAACGCAAUCCCUUGGAUUGGUGGAACCGAGAGCUCGUGAGUCCAGCGGCCGACCAGCAAGACGAUGACAUGAUGAUUGCUCCCAACAGUAGUCAAUUGCGCGUCACGAGAACCUCCUCCGCCAAGAAGAGCAGCAGUAUGACGGGGACACCCCAAAAGCGAUCGACUGUCGAACGAGCCGCCACUCCCAUCAUGAGCAACUCCUCCAAGAAAAAUAAGAUUCCCAGUAAAUACGCCGAUUCGUUGACCAAAGGAGGAAGUUUGAUGCGCAAUUUGGACAACAACGAUCAAGACAACAAUAACAAUAACAAUGAUUCCUCCUUGAUGAUGGAAGACGACGAUGACAUGAUGUCUGUCAAUGUCCAGUCACCGUGGGCACAACAACAGCAACAACAAUCAAGCAGCAGCAGUAGAAAGCCGACGACACCGCAGAACUAUUGGGGCGCACCGCCGACACCCCGCGCGUUGCCGUCCUUUCGAAAUCAGCAGUACGAAUAUCGACGCUAUCACGAUGGAUUGUUGGCAUUUCUCAAAGCACGACGAAGUCUGUCGGAUCGGAUUGACAUGGAUCGAGAGGAGCAGGCCCUCGAUACUGCCAUGAUGAUGAUUACCAACUCUGACAAUGACAAUACUACAUCAUCAUCCUCCAAACUGGCGCACGAAGAGACAAUGGCCGAACUGGAAUUUUUAAAAACACUCAAAUUGCUCUGUUGGGAACGAUCCGAUCUGCGAGAGGGAAAUUUCUGGGCCGUAGUGGCGGAACUGCGAACGUUGGGGUUGGCCGCCUUGGUGUGGGCCGACGAUCCUGGAUCGCUGCGACAAAGUGUCAAAGCAUCCACGGCCUUUUUCGAAAUCAAUGCCAUGAAUGUGUCUUCGACUCCCAAGGAAUUGUUGGAAGACAUGGCUGGAAGCGCAACAGGCGUUCCGUUGAUUCUAUUGCGUCGCAAACGCAUCUUGACUGCAUUGGAGCAUUGCUUCAAUCAACUCGUGUCCAAAGAAACCAAUGCGUCGGUAUCCAUAUCCACACGAAACAGCAACAACAGUGAUGAUGAUACUAAUUUGGGCGAACGCAGUCCUCGCCACAUGGAAAAUGUCAUGAAAUCCUGCUUGUCACUAUGUUUGGCGGGACGAUUGCAAGAUGCGCGUGUGUUGCUGCGAAAGGCAGGGCAACCGUGGAUGGCAGCCAAAUUGGGAGGGGGUGUGCCAGCAGGAUUCAACAAGGUCGUCGCCGACGACAACCAGACGGUCGAAAUGGUAAAAGUGGGGAAUGUCAAUCGUCCCUUGUGGAAACGACAGAUCUGGACGUUGUCGCAAAAAAUGAACAAGAGUAGCGAUGCGCUGCCAGAAGAAGCCGCCAUUCAUUCUCUUCUGGCCAAUGACUACCGCAGCGCCAUGGAGAAUCCCGCUCUGAGGUCCUGGGAAAAGGGGCUCUAUGCCAUCCUUCAUGCCGUGUGGGGUCGAAGCGAAGAUGAGCAGCUUCAUUUGCACAAUAACCAUCGACGACAGUCUCGGCCACCGUUUCCCGGGACGUUGUACGAAGAUUGUGAACGAGCGCAGCUGCAAGCCACCUCGGAAUUGGCAAACCUUUCCGAACAGGGUGUCAUUGACAUGCUCGCCUCGUUUGAUAAUUCUUCCAGAGGUGGACUGGACAACCUCUGUCAAGCCAUUUCAGCCUUGCUGGUGGGUUCCUCGGCGCUUUCCAACUAUUUGAUUCAAGAAACAGAAACGUUGACCAACAGUGAUGCAGAGGAACCCGAAGAUAUGGUGUCUCGUCUCCGAUUCGUCACCCAUGUGCUGCUGUAUCUGGAUUCCUUGACGGCCUGUACAACACCGGUCUCGCUGCCAGGGAUCCAGGAUGCGAAGGACCAGGCUCUCUUUGCGUACGUGGACCACCUGGCCAAUCACGAGGAAUUGUGGCAUUUCUUGGUCCUUUACGCGAGCUUGCUCCCUGAACACGUCAUCACGAGCUACUUUCCCACUUUGCUGGUUCGAGUCGAGGGAGCUGAGGAACGAAGAAUUAUGGUGCAACAGACGCGGGAAUUGCUUCCCAGGCUUGAUUUGACACUCCUCAAGGUUGUCGUUCGUUCCAUUCUGGCCGAGGAAGAUGACAUUAUGACGUCUGGUGGUCGUGAAGACGCUGCCAACAACGUUCCGUCCCGAUCCGACAUUCGAAAGAUGAAGGCGAUCCAAUGGUUGUGCUUUUAUCCGGAGCAUGCUGGAGAUGCCUUGAUUGCUGCAAACAUUUUGCUUCGAAAGUUUGCGGCGCAAAACAAGCUUGCGAGUGCUGCCAUGUUCUUGCAGGACUUUUUGCCAGCAGGGGUCAUCUCGGUCGCCAUGUCUUCCACUGAAGUGAACAAAGAAGACAAUGUUGAAGCCGUGGCCGAGAAUGAGAUCUAUCAAGCUCUAGUCGGGAGAGCUAAAACUGAGCACGUUUCCUUCCAGUCCUACCUCAAGGCAUUCAGAGCUGUGGAAGAAUGGCGUCUCGUCAUUGGGAGUACUCCAGCUUCGGGGUCAGCUGUGGAUGACAAGGUCGAUUCAAGCGCACUCAAUGAACGCGAGCAGUCGAUCGCUAAGUCCAUGGAGCGUCGCGAAGUCAUUCUUCAAAAGCGCAAGGUCAGCCACAUGAUUGUUGAGGCUGCGGACACGGCUACGAAAGAUAUCAUGCGUGUCCUGGUUCACGAUGGUGGCUGGCUAGCUGAUUCGGAUGCUGAUACUGGAUUCAAGGACAACACCACUGAAGGCGCAACGCGAAGGCAGGAGAUUCGAGCUCUGCGUUCACGCAUGCUGCCAUAUGCGGUGAAGCUGUACACUGAAGUAUGCCAGGAAACGGCGUUGUGGAUGUGGAAUUCUUUGCUGGAUGGGUCCCCUGUUCUUGGUUCCAGCCCCAAAGAAGUGCUGGAAGCGCUGGAUCAGAAUGCUUCCAUGGACGGAGACGAUAUCGCGUCUACGGUGCCUCCGAUAUCCCCAAGAUACUGGACGCAUGACGCUCUCGAGUUGGCGGAGAUUGUGUCUUCUGACGAGUUCCUGGUGGCAGAAGCUUUUGGAGCCGCAGAUCUGAAGGAAAUGCUAAACAAAUUAUCGGAUAUUUCCCUUGAAGACUUGACGUACACGACAUGAGGAGAGGCUAGGAUGUUUGUCCAGUGUUGAAGGGAACGAGUAACUAUGGUGCAGCAAUGCCGUAUCGUACCGUAGCUAAGAUAAGCAUUUUCGUUCCUGUCUGUCCGAAUCUAAAACGUAAAAGUAGCCGACUUGUGAUCUCUAAAGAACAGCGUACGGUACUAC